AUGGAGUUGUCUAAAUUUUUGCUCUCAGUUCUGUUGGCGAUCGGGCUCCAGGGCCAAGCUAGUGAAGCCAGAGGAACAACCAGUCCGAAAAUUGCAAAAGCCUGUGGAGAUGGUCUUCAGAUAUUGUGCCUCACACUCAAAAAAAUUGGCGGUACAGGUCGCCGGCCAUCAUUGCAGGCGAUUGCAUUAAGUUACGGGACUUACUCCAAUAGCGCCCACACUAUGUUUGACUGCACUAAAAGUGCAAACUCAUCGCCUGAUACCGACACGCUUGUGGCCCAGUGUUGCACUGCUGCGGUGAAAUUACAGUUAUCACUCCCUAGCUCUUCUACUCCUCCUGGCGCUUUGCCUUUAAACAUCUUCUCUGAUAUCCCGCCUGAGUUUUAUCAGAAUACAUGCAAUGCCGCGUCCCCUGCCUAG